AUGACAUUUGUGAUUGGAAAGGAGAAGGAAAAUCAAUCCACUGUACAAGUAUUUAUCUUCCUGGGUUUCCCUGAUAGUCAGUAUUUGAACAACUUCUCCAUGGUCUUUCCUCUUGUGUACACCUUAACUGUGAUAGGAAAUGUUGCUGUUGUCAUUCUAGUGAGAUCACACCCAGGGCUCCAAAAACCCAUGUGUUUUUUUCCCUGCAACUGCUCCUUCCUGGAGAUCUUGUGCACUUCUGCCUGCAUUCCCAAAGCCCUCUCACUCUUCACAGGUAUUAGCAAAACUAUCUCCUUCACCAGCUGCGUUCUACAGAUGUGUAUUAUUUUCUCCCUGGGCCGCACAGAAUAUUUCCUGGUAGCUGUCAUGACCUAUGACCAUUAUUUAGCUAAAUGCUACCCACUGCAUUACAGCACUCUCAUGAACAGCACUCUCUCCACUCAACUAGCCCUUUGUUCAUGGGUUUGUGGUUUUCUAGCUAUUUCUGUUCCAGUCAUCCUGAUUAGUAGGUUGUCUUUCUGUGGCUCUAAUGCUAUCAAUCACUUCUUCUGUAGCAUUGAUUCUUUGACUAUUUUUUCCUGCAGUGACACCCAUGUGGUUGACACGACAGCUUUAAUCUUCUCUGUUUUUGUCAUUCUUGGAUCAUGCUUGGUCUCCCUGAUCUCUUACACUUAUACCAUCUCCACCAUACUCAGAAUCCCAACAGUUUAAGGUCGUCACGGAGCUUUUUCCACUUGUUCUGCUCAUCUCAUUGUUCUCAUUAUGUGGUAUGGCUCCACAAUUUUUCUUUAUGUCAGGUCUUCUAAACAAGCCUCGAUGGAAAUGAACAAGAUUGUCAACAUCCUGAGCAAUAUUGAAACUCCACUUUGUGGAGUUCCUUUCCUCUGCACUUUGAGGAAAAAAGAG